ACUGGUGGUGGUUAUUUGAAAAAACAGGCAGACAUUUUUCCUGACAGAGAACAUUUUGGGAGAAUAUUUUUCAAUGAAGCUAUUAUGUCUUCAAAAAAUAUUACUCAAGUAGCCGUAGUGAUGGAGAGCUGUACGGCAGGCGCUGCUUACUUGCCUACUAUGGCUGAUGAGAAUGUAAUUGUGAGAAAUAUCGGAACAAUUUUUCUUGCUGGUCUUCCGUUAAUAAAGGCUGCGGCAGGAGAAGUCAUGUCUGCCGAGGAUUUAUGUGGUGCGAAACUUUAUUGCUCGUAAGACUUAUAUU